CGAGCUAAUCGAGACAGAAGAAGAGUUCGGGCGGGACAUGAACCAGGUGGUCAAGCGGUACAUGAAACCUAUGGACAAGGCCGCUACGCCCAAACCCGUGUUUGAUAACAGAGAACUGCUCUUCUCCAACUUUAAGCAGAUCGCCGAGUUCCAUAAUACGGCGUUACUAGAAGGCUUAAAGUACUACGCGGGCGAGCCGCGCAUGCUCGGCCGGGCACUCCUGCGCAUGGAACGCGAGUUUGACAAGCACGUGGCGUAUUGUCGCGAUGAGGCAAGGGCUCAGCAACUCCUUGCCUAUGAACCAGCUGUCAAUAAAUACUUCCAGGCUGUAGCGGAUAAACUCGGGGACGAUAAAGGUUUAGCGGAGCAUCUGAAGCUUCCUAUACAACGAAUUAACGACUACCAACUUUUGUUAAAGGAACUAGUAAAAUACACCAAACGCCUCGGUGAAGACGCAACCGACCUCCAGAAGGCCUUAGAACUCUUCCUCGGCGUACCCAACCGAGCCACCGACAACAAAUUUAUAGCGAGCAUCGAAGGAUAUCGAGGGAAUAUCUACAAACUUGGCCGGUUGCUCACCCAUGACUGGUUUACUGUCACCGACACCGAGGGAAAGCCUAAAGAAAGAUAUCUGUUCCUUUUCAAAGCGAGAAUUUUGAUUUGCAAAGUCAAAAGAGUCUCGGAUGAUCGUUCUGUCUUCGUUCUUAAAGAUAUUGUUAAGCUACCAGAAGUCGAAGUCAAGGACCAUACAGACGACAAGUUCAGGUUUGAAUUACGUCACAAGGCGACUUCGUACGGGGUCACUCUUACUGCGCAUAAAGAACCUGUCAAGCCUGCAUGGUUGGCUGAGAUCAGACAGUACGCUAGUGAUGCUGUUGCCCUAGCAGAACACGCAGCUGACGAUCUUCAAGUCCUAUCACCGCCUCAAGUUACUUCUCCUGAACCUGAAGAAAAGAAAAAGCGGGUUCACGAAGAAGAAGAGGUCGUACAGGAGAAACGUACCAAAGUCGAAAAAGAAAAAGUUACCGAAGUUUCUACAGAGGAGACACAAACAACCAAAAGAAAAUCUGCCGCUGAAGGCGAAGUUGCUACCAAAGUCUCUAAAUCUGCAGUCACUGAGGUCUCUAGUGAAGUACAAUCAGUAUCCAAGGGCGGAGUUGAUUUAUCUACUAAAUCAUCUGUGACUGCGACUGCUACUAAGACUGAGUCUUCUCAGGCAGCUACUUCCGAACAACAGACGCUUGCAGCUACUUCCGAGCAGAAAACAGAGGUCAAAGAAUCUAAAACCUCAACACAAACUAAUGUAGAAGAGAAAUCUUCAGUCCAACAAACAUCUGUUGAAGUCACACAAACUGCGCAAAACUCAUCAGUUCAACAGUCCCAAAAAUCAAUAGUUGAACAGGAAGCAAUAACUGUUGAACAACUUGUGAAAACCGAAGGAAUAACAUCACAAGAAACAGCACUUGAUCAAAAGUCUGCUCAAGUAACAUUUGUAGAACAAAAGACAGAGCAGACUGCAACUGACAAAGCCAAAGAAACAACUCAAGAAAAAGUUGAAUAUAAAACAUCCGAAGCGUCGACUGUAGAAAAGACCAAGGCGUCAGUACAAGAAACAUCAGUAGCAAAAGCAACAAAGGAAAAAACCCAAACUAUACAACAAGCUAGUGUAGAUAAACCAAAAGAAGUCACUACAUCAAUCGAACAAACAACAUCACAAAGCCCAGAUAAAAAAGUUGAGCAAACGCUUACCACAGAAGCUGUCAAAGAAACAACUCAAGUUUCGGUAGAACAAGAAUCUUCUGAAGUAAAAUCAAAUAAAAAAGUUGAGCAAACAUUUUCCACACAAGCUGUCAAAGAAACAAAUCAAACUUCAGUGGAACAAAAAUCUUCUGAAGUAAAAACCCAAGAAACUGUCCAAAAAACUGAAUACCAAGCAAAGGCUGUUGAAAAAUCUGAGCAAGUCGUUACAAGAGAAGAACAGUUACAAAAGGCUAUUGAAAAAGAACAACUAUUAACAAGAGAAGAAUCUUUAGCACAAUUAAGAGCUGCUAGGAAAGCUUCUAUCGAAGGUAAAUCGGCUCAACAGAUAACAGUACAAGCUAGCGCGCAAGAAACCCAAAGUAAACUAAUCCAGCAGACAGCACAAGUUAGUGGAGAAAAAACUAAAAGUCAAUCUGUUCAGGAAACUAUACAAGUUAGUGCGGAACAAACUGAAAACAAAUCUGUUAAGCAGACCGUACAAGCUAGCCCAGAAACAACUGAAAGUAAAUCUGUUCAGCAACAAGCAGCAACAGAACAAGCAAGUGCAAUAAAAUCUGAAAUAAAAAUUGUCGACUCUGAUAAAGUUAGCGCCAGUGGCGAGUUCAGUGAGAAAGUCAGUGCCAACGAUCAAGCUGUAACCGCAGAGGAAGCUGGUGACGAGAUGUCGCGGUAUAGCCGCAGUUCGCGGCUUUCUGGAGAAUACUCCAGCAGCAUAAAUAGUACGCGUCGCUACGAGUCAUCUUCCGGCUAUGAAAGCACCGGUUCUUCGUCUUACAUGCGUCGUGAAAGCGGUUCACGCCUUGAAAGCGGAAAGUACGAAACGGGUGGCUCUCAAGAAGUUUCAUACGAGUCCAAAUACUCGAGUUCAAGGGCCGAAGGAGGAUCCAAGUACGGCCUUGAAUCCAGCUAUGAAUCGAAAUAUGAUACGUCCAGCAAACUGGACAAUAUAGCGUCCAAAUAUGGAAUCGGAAGCUCUGAUAGCACGACUGUCGACCGUACCUCCAAGUACGGAGUCGACUAUGACAACAGCAAGAUCGCAAUUGAAGGGAUGUCAACUAAAAUAGAGUCUACUUAUGAAAGCAAGAAUGGAGCGUCUUCUUUAGAGAGCACUUAUGCCAAAAAGGCUCUUUCUAAUGGAUCUGUGACGGAAGAAUUUGAAACCGUCAAAUCUGUUUCUAAAUCCGAGUCUCAAGAUGGAAGACCAGUCUUUUCUAAGACUUUAGAAGGCCAGAACAUUGAACCGGGUGAAAACGCCGUCUUCGAAUGCUCCGUUCGCGAAUACGAGGACGUCAAAGUUACUUGGCUUAGGGACAACAAGCCAUUCCCAGGCAAACUGAUGGACCGUGUAAACGUGUCGACACAGAAUGGUACCACUAAACUGGAGAUCAUGCACUGCAGGGAAGACGAUACAGGGUUGUACACAGCAAGAGCUGAAAAUCUUAAAGGCAACGCCCAUUGUACUGCACAGUUAGUCGUCCACGAAUUGACACCUGAAGAACGUAGAGCUAAAAAUGCCCUCAAUGCUCCUUACUUCGUGGUAGCUCUGAAGGACACUGAAAUUCUUUUGAACACCUACCUUCGCUUCAUGGUGAAAGUGAAAGGUGAUCCUAAUCCGGAGGUUAAGUUCUACCGCGAAGGCAAAGAGAUUGUAUCUAGACAGGAGACAGAUCGCAUCCAGAUCGUGAGAACCCGCGCCGACAGGGGAUGCUACGAGCUGGUGAUCGCCGACGUGUGCCACGAAGACAAAGGGAAAUACUCCUGUAAAGCUAUGAACAUCUAUGGAGAAGUUGAAAGCGAAGCCGUUGUCACUGUAGUUGACGACAAGAACAUCUUCUUCGAGCUAGCUCCCGGUGGUGAGGGCUUACUAAAUAAAGGGGAGAAACCUACCUUCUCCUGGAAGAAGGAUGGAGAAGCCUUCGAUCCUGAAGAGAGAUUUAAGGUGCUAUUAGGUGAUGAUGAAGAUUCCCUAGCGCUGGUCUUCCAGCAUGUGAAGCCGGAAGAUGCAGGACUCUAUACCUGCGUCGCUAAAACUAGCACAGGCAAUAUCUCUUGCUCUGCAGAGCUCACAGUACAAGGCGCGGUCCACGAACUACAUCGCGAGCCAGAAAAACCGACACUGGUCAUUGAACACCGAGAAGCAAUCGUGUCGGCCGGAGGUUCCGCCAUGCUGGAACUGCAGUGCAAGGGCUUCCCCAAGCCAAGUGUCGUAUUUAAACAUGAUGGCAAAGUCAUCGAGGCUGAUACUAGACACAAGUUCUUGCACGAAGACGACGAAAGCAUGUCUUUGGUAAUUAAGAAUGUGACAAGUGCCGACGCAGGCGAGUACCUCGUGGUCGCGUCCAACGAACUGGGACAGGAUUCCACCACAAUGCACCUUGUCGUUAAGGCCGCGCCUAAAAUCAAAAAGAAGGUUGAAAACCAGACUUGUAUGGUGGGCAGCACUCACACAGUCACCAUCUUGGUGGAAGGCACACCCACACCCGAGGUGUCUUUCUACAAGGACGGUACCGAGAUCAAGAGCUCCGACCGCAUCGUCAUCGUGAAGGAGAGUGAGGAGGUUUACAAGAUCACCAUCAAGGAUGCUAAACUCACUGAUACUGGAUCCUACUCCAUCGUAGCCAAGAACGAAGUGAACCAAUGCUCAGACUUCUGGCAGUGGCACGUGACAUCGCCACCGAAGAUCCUCAAGAAGAUGGGUGCAGACAAGGUCUGCGAAGAGAAGGAAACCGUCACCUUCAAGGUCGAGGCUGAGGCCGACCCCGCGCCUAACGUCACAUGGUUCAAGAACAAAACUGAGUUGGUGGAAUCUUCCACGAUCAAGAUCUCGUCGUCUGGCGAGGCGCACUCCUUGGUCGUGACGUCGGCUGCGCGCGCAGACAGUGGAGAAUACUCAUGUGAGAUCCGCAACGCGCACGGUAGUGCUUCAGACUCUUGCAAGUUGAACGUCCGAACAGCACCGAUGUUCACGCAGAAACUCAAAGACAUUACCGCCAAGGAGGGCGAUGUUAACAUCGAGUUCACCGUCAGUGUCGAGGCUUAUCCUGAGCCCACCAUCAAGUGGUACCUAGGCGACGUGGAAAUUACCGAAAAGAAAUCGGUAUUCACUCGAGUGGACACUGGCAACACGCACAAACUGAUUCUCAAAGAGGUGUCGGCCGAGUACUCUGGGAAGUACUCCUGCAAGGUAUCAAAUGAAUUGGGCGCUGAUGCCUGCGAAGCUACCUUCACUGUUAACAGAAAACCUCGGUUCACCAAAAGCCUGGUGGACAUGACCGUUGACGUAGGGCAGACUCUCAAGCUGGAUGUUGAAGUAGAAGGCUGUCCCGAACCCAAGGUCAAGUGGUUCAAAGACGGCAAGGAGAUCACGCUUGAUGCUAGGGUCAAGAUUGAGAGGGAUACUCAGAGAUUAGAGAACUAUCACCUAACGGUGACGUUGGUGAAGGAGGAAGACGGUGGCGAAUACGAGGUGAAGGCUGAGAACGAGAUGGGCAGUGUCAGCACCAAGAGCACCGUCACAGUGCACACAACAGAAGUACAUUCGAGGUUAAGCAAGGAAUCUGCUACCGAAAAUGAACUUGAAGACGAAAGUAAAGCGAUCAAACAAGCUAUCGUAGACGAAGUGGACGUCAGCGCCAAACAGAAAGCUAAGAAAGGAAAAACUGAGCCGGAAAAAGCCGAAGAAAAAUCAUUCUGGGAUGACAUCGAAGAUGGAGAUGCAAAGAAACCUAUUGUUGAAGAAUUUGAUGAUCAGACUCCGUCAAAGGCCAAGAAAUCUUUCACUGAACCUGAAAUCAUUGAAGAGAAAUCCUUCUGGGAUGAAAAUCACAACGAAAAUAACAAGCAACCGAUCAUAGAGGAAGUUAGCGACGAACCAAAAACAGCCAAAAAGGGAGCUAGUAAACCAGAAACCAUUGAAGAAAUCCCAAUAGACGAAGAUCUUAAAUCGCCCAAGCGUAAAUCUAUUAAAAAACAGUCCCUUGAUGAACCAUUAAGUGCUGAAACUGAAGGCCGAGUUUUCGAAACUGUAACUACGUUCAAGACUGCAGAUGACGGUUCAAUUCUUGUGUCUAAACUCUGCAGCACCAAGUCUCACGGCGCCAUCAUUACAGCACCUCCAACAAUAAAAGACAGCUCAAUGAAAGACGGAAAAACCUACGAAUCUUUACCACUAGUGUACACGGUCCAAGCCAUUGGUGCACCAAAACCCGUCGCCAAGUGGCUUCUGAACGGCAAGGAGGUUCAACCUAGCAGCCGAGUCCACAUUACCACGGAAGGCAAUACGUACAAGCUGGCAAUCGACAGCGUAGAGAUGUCUGACGCGGGAAAAUGGCAGUGUGAGAUCACUAAUAACCUUGGAGCAAAAACGCAGAAUGCUGAACUCAACGUAACUUCUGUAAACGAAUUCCGCAAACCAAUCUUCACAAACCCUCUGGAAGCUCAGCGUGUAAUGCAGCGUGAACCGGUCACCAUGACAGCAAUCUGUACCGCUGACCCAUUGCCACACGUCUCCUGGCUUCUCAACGGGGAGUUAAUCGUGCCGGACGCCACUGUGAAGGCCAAUGUUGAAAGCAAGGACAUAGACCACGGGCUCAAGGAAUGCACCUUUACUUUACAUAUUCCUACUGGUCGUCACUCAGAUACAGGAGUCUACACAAUAGAGGCCAAGAACAAGUAUGGCAUAGGCGAAAGCUCGGCUAGGCUGGACAUCCUGCUGCGGCCCGAAAUCGAGCCCAUGGAGGAUGUAACUGCCGUACCGUUUGAGGAAACCACCUUUAUCACUAAGAUCCGUGCGAAUCCCAUUGCUGAAGUUAAAUGGAGUAAAGACGGCUACACAAUCCAGCCAUCGUCUCAGUUCGACAUCACAGCUGAUACAGCGAAUGAAACGUAUUCGCUGAAGAUCAACAAGAUCAGCGUGGGCGACGCCGGCGUCUACACUGUCACUGCCAAGAACGAGAUCGGAGAAACCGCGCAACAGGCCAGGCUUACUAUUCUCACCAACGAGCCAGUGUUCACAAAGCCUCUUCAAAAGGAGACUGUUAAGGACUACGACGACGUGACUCUAGCAGUGCGCUGCGACGGUGUACCCAAGCCCGAGGUACAUUGGUACAAGGAUGGCUUGGAGAUCAACCAGGACGACAGACACGCGGUCAAAGUUGAAGUUUCGGGACAGGUUGAGAGCGAGCUGGCUAUUAAGCAUUUCAACUCUAGUGAUUCUGGAAAGUACAAAGUUCGCGCAGUGAACGUUUGCGGCGAAGCAGUAUGCGAAGCUCCCAUCACCCUCGCCCAAACCUCGCCCGGUUUCACGCACAAACUGGACCGCCAGCGCGACGUCGAUGAGGGCGAGCCUUUGGAGCUCAAAUGCAAGGUCGACGGCAGUCCCAUUCCUACCGCCAAGUGGUUCAAAGACGGCGUCGAAAUUUCCCCUGACGAUCAGCAUAUUAUCCAAACCGCAUUGCCUGAUGGUACCAUCAAGUUGGCCAUUGAGAAGGUGACCCCAGCAGAUUGUGGUGCGUACAAGCUGGUGAUUUCCAACCCGUAUGGUGAUAAUUCGGCUCUUUGCGCUGUUGCUGUUAAUCCAACACCGCGCAAACCAUCAUUUACCCAGGAACUGGAAGACGUGGUGGCUGCAGUCGGCCAACCGUUGAAGCUCGAAGCUAAGGUCAUGGCUUUCCCCGCACCGGAAAUCAAGUGGUUCAAGGACGGUCUCCCCAUCCGGCCAUCGCAAGCGAUCAACUUCAUCAACCAGCCAGGCGGCAUAAUUGGUCUGAGCAUCGACAGCGUCAAGCCGGAAGACGCCGGAGUCUAUUCCCUGACCGUCACCAACAAGCUCGGCGAUGUCGCCUCCAAGGCCAAAGUGGAAGUGACGCAAAAGGAAAGGAAACCAGCCUUUAUCGCUGAACUGAUGCCUACUAAGGUUAUUGAAGGUUUCCCGGUGAGACUUGAAGUGAAGGUUUUGGGGCAUCCGCCACCAACUAUUAAAUGGACCCACAACGGCAAAGAGAUCGUCCCCGACGGUGAUCGCAUCAAAGUAGUAUCCCUGCCCGAUGGUACCCAUGCUCUGCUCAUCGAUAAGGCGACGCCCGCCGACGCCGGAAAGUACGGUGUUGUCGCUAUCAACGACAAGGGAGAAUCAGCUUCCACUGCCGAUCUUACUGUUGCCAGCCGUGCGGACGACUCGUCUCCGCAAGAACGUCCCCAACUGAUCCACGGCCUCCGCGACAUCAGCGCCGAGGAGGGCCAACCCCUUUCCGUGUCGGCCCCGUUCGUCGGCAACCCCGUGCCCGACGUCGAGUGGUUCAAGGACGGAGUGCCGCUCAAGCCCAGCCAGAAGGUGCUGCUCACCUGCGAUGGCAAGAGGGUGGGCUUAGAAAUCAACCCUGUGGAACUCCCCGACGCGGGCGUGUACUCGGUCAAGUUAACCAACCCUCUGGGCGAGGACAGCUCCGAGGGCAAGAUCAGCGUGCGCAAGGUCUACCAGCCGCCCACCUUCAGCCAGAAGUUCUCUGACCUUCAACAGCUUCCAACUUUCGACGCCAAAUUCCCCGCAAGAGUCAUCGGCGUGCCAGCACCAGAUAUCACGUGGUAUAAAGAUAGCCGCCCUCUGACCAACAGUGACAAGUAUAACAUAAAAAGGGAUGGAGAUGCGUGCUGUUUGUAUGUAAGGGAUCUAAAGCCUGAAGAUGCUGGGUUAUAUAAAUGCGUCGCGAAGAAUAGAGAGGGGGAGGCAUCUUGUGAGGCUCACCUGGAAGUUGUUGAUAAGAUUGGCAAAAAACAGAAAAUGGAGCCACCAUCGUUCCUCAAGAAGAUCGGCGACAUCGAAGUCCUACGUGGCAUGAGUGCAAAAUUCACAGCGUGUGCCACUGGCACUCCUGAGCCAGACGUAGAAUGGUACCGCAACGAUGACAGGCUAUUCCCUUGCGAACGCAUCCGCAUGGACAAAGAAACCACUGGACUGCUUCGUCUGACCAUCAGCCAGAUUGACCCUACAGAUGUCGGCACCUAUCGCUGCAGGAUCUACAACCCGCAUGGCGAAGAUUCUUGCACUGCUCAGCUUACUUACGAUACCCUGGAACCUCAAACUCAAAAACGGCCAAUCGGCGACCAGUACUCUGACUUCGAUAAGAUGAAGAAAACCGGCGUGCCAAUGCCGCUGGCUGAUAAGCCCAUCAUCUCUCGUAUGGCCGACCGACACCUCACGCUCUCUUGGAAGCCUUCCAUCCCACACGGACCUCGAUUCCCUGUCACUUACCAGGUGGAAAUGUGCGAAGUGCCCGAUGGCGAUUGGUUCACAGCCCGCACAGGGCUUAGAUCCUGCGUCUGCGACAUCCGAAACCUAGAGCCCUUUCGCGACUACAAGUUCCGCAUCCGCGUUGAGAACAAAUACGGCGUGAGCGACCCCUCACCGUACGCCAUCACACACCGCGCUAAGCUCGAACCUGACCCACCGAAAUUCAUCCCGUAUCUCGAACCCGGCAUUGACUUCCGUCCAGAAACAUCCCCAUACUUCCCGAAGGACUUCGACAUUGAACGCCCACCUCACGACGGUUACGCGCAAGCGCCAAAGUUCCUUCGUCAAGAGCACGAUUCCCAAUACGGCGUGAAAGGGCAUAACGUUAAUCUCUUCUGGUUCGUGUACGGCUAUCCUAAGCCGAAGAUGACUUACUUCUUCAACGAUGAGCCUAUUGAGAUCGGAGGUAGAUACGACUGGAGCUACACCAGAAACGGUCAGGCUACGCUGUUCAUUAACAAGAUGCUGGAUCGCGACGCGGGCUGGUACGAAGCCGUAGCCACCAACGAGCACGGACAAGCUCGACAACGCGUGCGCCUUGAACUCGCAGAGUACCCCACCUUCAUAAAGCGCCCUGAAGAGACCAUCGCAUUGCAAAGGAGAUCUGUCAGAAUGGAGGCUAGAGUCACUGGUAUACCCUUCCCCGAGAUCAAGUGGUACAAGGACUGGCAACCACUUACAUCCAGCUCCAGGAUCAAGAUCCAGUUCAUCGAGCCUGACACGACAGUGCUGGUGAUCAAUGACGUGAUCCUCAAAGACGAAGGCCUGUACUCAGUCUCAGCACGCAACGUUGCCGGCGCCGUCAGCUCCUCCGCUAUGCUGCACGUCGAGGAGACGGAGCACGACUAUUCCAUCAGGAUCCGUGAGCACCCGCCGCGCGUGAAGCCGAGCACGAAGCCCUUCGGGGACUUCUACGACCUCGGCGACGAGCUGGGCCGAGGGGUGCAGGGCGUCGUCUACCACGCCGCUGAAAGACUUUCAGGUCGCAACUACGCCGCAAAGAUCAUGCACGGCCACUCCGAACUGAAGCCGUUCAUGAAGAACGAGAUGGAAAUGAUGAACAUGCUCAACGACCGCCACCUCAUCCGCCUGCACGACGCGUACGAGCACGAGCACACGCUCGCCCUGGUCACGGAGCUGGCGGCGGGCGGGGAGCUGGUGCGCGACCGGCUGCUGCGGAGCCAGGGCUACUCGGAGAGGGAGAUCGCCGGCUACGUCAGGCAGCUGCUCAGAGGCCUCAAGCACAUGCACGACAACAGCGUCGCCCAUCUUGGCCUCACGAUCGGCGAACUGCUUCUGUCGCACGCCGGCAGCGAUGAACUUAAGAUCUGCGACUUCGGUUUGUCGCGUCGCAUCCACUUCAACAAGCAUGCCGCACUCGACUACGGCAUGCCCGAGUUUGUCGCGCCCGAAGUGGCCAACGGCGAAGGCGUCACCUUCGGCGCUGACAUGUGGAGCGUCGGCAUUAUCACGUACAUCUUGCUAAGUGGACACUCUCCCUUCCGCGGGGCCAAUGACCGCGAAACUCUAACCAAGAUCCGUGAAGGCAAAUGGGAAUGGCACGACGAAGAAUGGUGGUCCCGCCUCAGUACCGAAUCGAGGGACUUCAUCUCGAAGCUUUUGAAGCUCAGCUGGAUGGAUCGCAUGGACGUUAAUGCGGCGUUGUCGCAUCCCUGGCUCAAUUUGGCGGACAAGAUUUACCACGACGAAUACUUGAUCACCACCGAUAGGUUGAGGAACUAUUACAAUCUGUACAGGGACUGGACAAGCAACGCCCAAUGCCGCAACUGGUUCCGUCGCCGUCCUCUUAGCGGUGCCUUUGAGCAUCCCUCCAAGAUGGUGUACCCGCCCGGCGAAAUUUAUACCCCGGAGGGUACUCCUCACCGAGACUCCCGCGAACGCCACGCCAGCCCAUGGGACCUUAAGUUCAAGCAGUGGGAGCACCCUGACUGGGAGGUCUCUGCCAAGUCCGAGAGCCAUUACCAGAAUGGACCAGACACGUACUUGCUGCAAUUACGUGAUACGGACUUUCCAGUGCGCCUGCGCGAGUAUAUGAAAGUCGCCUGCCAUCGCUCUCCUGCUUACAAUUUGAGCGUUAAGGAUGCUUACGAUCCAAGGACGCCGAUCAUCCGCGAACGUCGUCGCUUCACAGACAUAAUGGACGAAGAGAUCGAUGACGAGCAACGCGAUCGCAUCAACAACUACGGCACCGAGAGUUACACCAUCCGCCGCCUCAGGCACGAGCUUGGAACUCGUCUUGACUCCUACGCAGAAGCCCAGGCCUUCAUGGAAUCCAAGAAAGAUGGUCAAAUGCCCUUCAUGCGUGAAAAGCCACAGACCCUCCCCAUCAGGGAAGGAGAACCCGCUCAGCUAUCCUGUUAUGCCGUUGGCGACCCGAAACCUAUUAUCCAAUGGUUCAAGAACGACAUGGUUAUUGCCGAAGGCCAACGCAUUAAGAUCAUCGAGGAUGAGGAAGGUCGCUCCUCGCUCAAGUUCGACCCUGCCAUGCACCACGACGUCGGUUAUUACAAGGUCGUGGCUCGCAAUUCAGUCGGACAGACCGUCGCCCGCACCAGAGUAGUCGAAGCUACCAACCCUGAUGCUCCCGACAGUCCUACAGCUUCUGAAGUAUCUGACACCGAAGUACUCCUAAGAUGGAAGCAGCCAAAAUACGAUGGAAAUUCACCUGUGAUCUGCUACAGCUUGCAGUAUAAGGAAGGCGACAGCAUCGAAUGGAAGGACGUCGCCAAUAACAUCGAUCAUGAAUUCUAUUUAGUUGGCAACCUUCGACCUGACACCAGCUACCAGUUCCGCCUCUCCUCGCGUAAUAGAAUUGGCUGGAGCGACAAGGGCGUCCCAACAAAUUUAAUCAAGACCAAAGAAUCUGGAGCACCCAAGAUCCAGGUGACUAAGGCCAUGAGGCAUCUUCAACAAAUCACAGAGUCUGGCCAGGAAGUUAUCUUAGAUGAAGAAAAACCAAAACUGAACUACGCGACAGAAAACAGCCCGAUUGACUGGGAUUCGUCGGACAACCUUCAGCAACGUUACAGCUUCAUAUCAGAAUUAUGGCGCGGCAAAUUCUCCAUUGUUGUUAAAGGCAUUGACAAGAACACUGACAACGUCAUAGUAGCCAAAUUAUUAGAAAACCGAUCAGACACAGAAGUCCAGAUUCAAAGAGAAUUUGAGUGCUUAAGAAGGCUUAGACACGAGAGAAUAUCUAAUUUACUAGCAGCCUAUCAUACACCAGGAAACCCAGUCGCUGGAUUAAUUCUAGAGAAACUGCAAGGCGCUGAUAUCCUCACAUACUUGUCAUCACGUCACGACUACACUGAACAAAUGGUAUCUACAAUAGUUACACAGAUCCUUGACGGUCUUCAAUACCUACACUGGCGAGGAUACUGUCACUUGGAUCUCCAGCCUGAUAACGUAGUGAUGGCUUCAGUUCGCUCCAUCCAAGUUAAGCUAAUUGACUUUGGGUCAGCGCAUAAAGUAACCAAGCUCGGAACUAGUGUUCCUCAAGUCGGCGACUUAGAAUACAAAGCACCUGAAAUAAUAAACGACGAGCCAGCUUUCCCGCAGACAGAUAUCUGGUCUCUGGGAGUACUCACCUACAUCAUGCUGUCUGGUGUAUCACCCUUCCGCGGCGCUGACGACAUCGAGACCAAACAGAACAUCUCCUUCGUGAGAUACCGAUUUGAGCAUCUGUACAAGGAAAUCACACAGGAGGCGACACGGUUCGUGAUGUUCCUAUUCAAGAAAGUGCCCCUUAAGCGGCCGUCGGCCGAGGAGUGCUACGAGCACCGCUGGCUGCAGCAGUCAGACUUCAUGAACAGGAAGCGCGAGCGCGCUGUCUUCCUCGGCAAUAGGCUCAAGGAAUUCUCCGACUCGUACCACGAGCGCAAGGCGGCCGAAGCGUCUUCGGCGGACACGGCCGGCGCGGCCUUCGGGCAGGCGCGCCGCCUCGCGCGGUCCAACUCCGUGCAGGACGAACUGCUCACCACUUUUGCCACGCACUAACACACGCCCUGCAGCUUCACCGCGGUUUUCUAACUCCGAUAGGGGCGGGGCGUUCGGAUCCCGAAAUUUGUUUAUUUGUGACACUCGAGUGGAUUGACAAAUUAGCGGAGAUUUCCGAAGCCUUGUUUACUUUUGGAGUUGCAAAGCCACAUCUGGACACUUGGUGUAGCUAGAGACGCUCGGAUCGUAGUGACGUUCCACAUGUAAAUAAGCGUACGAUUAAGGUGCAGAGAACAAGUAAUUGGAAUACCGGAGCGAGUAGCGAUAAUAAGACUGAGAAAGAUGAAAAAAUUAAAGUGAAAUAUUCAUAGAAAGUUGAAAUUGGAUCGAACCAAGUGUCCCGUUCACAACAAACACAAUUUUUAUAAAAUAACGUGUACAGUUUCUCUGACCGCGCGAAAUCUAGUCAUAAAACAAAUUUUGUUACGAAACUUUGUUAUAUUGUUAAGUAUCUAUUUAUUUAUUUAUU